UAGAAAAGUGUUUUAUUCGAAUUAAGCAGAUAAUAUAUUGCAAGCAAUAACAAUAUAAUAAGAUAAUAUAUUGACAGUCUGAUAAUGUGUUCAGCGGGCCUACUUAGAGAUUUUACUUUGCUCAUUAUAUCAGCUGCAGCUGCUAUUUCUGUUGUUACAGCUGAUCCCAGGGUAUGGCUAGAUGUUCCUGUGGCUGGUGAUUGUAGAGGUGAUACUAUUAUCACGUGUUAUUAUACUGAUCUACCACUAGCCACAUGGACUUGGAGUCGAAAAUUUGGGAAUUCUUGGCAAACGUUAAUGGUAAAUGGAACACAAAUUGGCCCAAGUCCUGGAAUUGUACGAGAGCGGAAAUUUAAAGCCUCUUCAUUCUCGUUGAUUACUAUAGGUGCAGAUAGCAUGGCACGGGGUUGGUAUAAAUGCAGUGUUGGAAAUUAUGAAGCUAAACAGAGAUAUUUGGAUAUGGAGUGCAAACCAGACAGUGUCUUGGUCAGCCGUGCAGAGGAUCAGCAUCUAGAAAUUUUAUUGGCAAACGUCCAUCCUUUCCCAAAGAUAAACUUAACCUUGACGGACUCUUCCCUUCAACCAGUAGCCCUAGAUUUUCAACAUUACUGUAGGGGAAUGAGGUGGACAAUUACUUGCAAAUGGGUUUCUACAACACCACUGCCUAUUGGAAACUUUUCCUACAGACUGGUGGUUACAACUAUUACAGACACUGUUUUUACAGGAAAUAUAAAUUAAACGUAUCAAACAGCUGAUGUGUUGCUCUUGUAUGAGUUAAUCAUUAAAGGAUUAUUUGCAAUGAAUGAAAA